AUGCAGUUUGUACUACUUAAUCAACCACGACGUAUCGUUUAUAUGAUUAGUCCUGCCAAGAAUAGUGAAGAUUAUUUCACUGCAUACGAUCCGUUGGAUUCAAAAAAAGAAAAUUUUAGAAAGGAUGACGUGGCGCCCGAUAAUAUUUUACGCGAAUAUUCUUAUAUACCUGUACGUGAUAAUGCUUUGGAUGUACGUCCCAUUGAGCAGCUAACUCUUAUUCUAUUCGACGUUAGUGGUUCGAUGCAAAAUAAAACGAUGAACAAUUCUAAAAGUCUUCUUGAUUUGAGCAUUGGCGCAUUAGGUGCGUGGUGUGACAAGUUCUGCUCAUAUCGAUUACCACAUGCUAUAGGCCUUAUUUACUGUGGUGCUAAAAUAACUCCAACAACUCAACUUAUCUACGAAGCCUGUCCGAUUACGAAUAAUUUUGUUGAUGUUGAAAAAUCGUUUAGUUCUCGACCGGAUUGUGGUUCGUCAACUCCAUUCUAUUGUGGUUAUACAUGGCUCUUGUCUGUCGAGUUUCCACCACAAACUUAUCCCUCACGACCACCCGAAAUUCGAUUCAUUACACCAAUUUAUCAUUGUAAUAUCAGUGACGAUGGAAAAAUCUGUCAUGAAAUCUUACGCAGUCACUGGACAUCACAAACAACUAUGUACGAUGUACUCAAGCAAAUCAUUAGUCUGCUUUUCCAACCAGAACCCAAUGAUGCAUUAUCAACAGCUAAGGGUAAUCUUUUAAAAACAGCACCGGAAGAUUAUCUCAAGGAACUACAGCAAUACAACGAAAACUAUGCUAAAACAACUGUAGAGGAGCUCAAAAAACAAUAUCAACUUGAACAAUUCACAUCUGAUUUUUGUGAUUGA